AUGCUAGAAACAAAUGAUUCCGUAUGUGAACUUGCCUAUCAACUCGCCUAUCACCCAGUUUAUCGAAGUUCUCAAUUUUGGUCAAUGCUUGUGUCAUCGCUUUCUAUACCAGCGUUAAUUUAUUUUAUCACGAGAAAAAUAUUUUUUCUUCAUUUCCAUGGGAACUUGAAGUGUUUGCUAAUUGUUUAUUUUAUAUGUAAUCUGUUAUUUUCCAUGGCAUUGUGUUUUGCAUUCUUUUACCAAUUUCUUAUUCCAUUCUUUGUAACUUCCAAGUGCCAGUUAUUAAUCAACACUACAUUAUUCAAAUGGGGUCAGAUUUGCUCAUUUUUACUAUUAACUAGUUCAAUGCUUCUCCCUAUUGGAUUCUCAAUAGAACGAUUUGUUGCAUUGGGAAAUGCACAAAAGUAUGAAAGUUCUCGAACGUUUCUUGGACCUGUUAUUAUAUUUAUAAUUAUUGCAGUUGACUUUUCCAUUAUUUUUUCCGUCUACAAAAAUGAGCCUUUUACUGAGGGUUUUUAUUCAUUUAUUCUAGUUCCAUCGACUACGGCAAGUCAAAUCAAUAUGUAUUUCUUUGUUUUGUUAUUUGUGAAAAUAUUCAACUUACUUCUUAAUUGUAUAUUAUUAAGAAUUCAUAAGAAGAUCAGAAUCAAAUAUUAUUCAUUAUCAGUUCGCUACGAAAUGGAAGAAAUUCUACAAUCGUCCAAGUUUACUUUUAUAAUUAGGUUUACUCAUUUACUAUUUUUUGGAUUCUACGUUGUAGUAAUACUCUUUGUGAGAAUAAUGGGGGAAUCAUUUUUCAAUGGAACUUUAAACUAUUCAGUUGCACGUGGAGUAUUCUGCACUGUUCCUACUUAUAAUUUAAUUAUAGUUAUUAUUGGUAUCAAAUCACUACGACACUUAAAUUUGCAACGACUCAACAAAGUUCAAUCAACAGUUCAGAUCAAAUCAACAGGGAAAGAAGGAUCAAAGAAUUAUGAAGAUAUAAUUACUAAUUAUUGGGAUUCUGUGUCAAGUAGAACUCCAUAA